AUGAAGUUCGUCGAGGUCAGAAUAAGACCCGUGCCGUCGCCGUCGGACAAGAGUGGCGACAAAACACUGAAGGGCGCAUCACGGAUCUACGUCAACAAAGAGGUCCUCCUCGAGCUCACAGGAACGGCCUUAGAGAAUGGGAAACGAUGCUACGUCGAAAAAAUCCUGGACGAUGGGAAGGCGACUACACGAGAAGCUUCGCUAUGGGCAGCAGCAGACCCGAAAGUGAGCCGUGGCAUCGUCCAGAUGAGCAAGCCAUUUCAAGACGCCUGCGAUUUCAAGCUCGGGGACCAGGUCAAGGUCAUCUACACUGACGGCCAGGCAGUACCCGAGGCUGAAGAGGUUGUCCUGGAAGAUGCCACUACCGCGCAGCCCGCCAUCGAAAAAGAGGCUGUGAUGUUCUGGGAGUGGACACUCAAGGGGAACAUGAUGGGCUUGGAUGACGUGUUUCCCGGGUUGGUGGUCAAGCGCUUAGCUGGGGAGGGCAUUUUCAGGAAUUUCAAGGUUACGAGCGUCAAUGGUUCGACGAGUGGCAAUGCUCGAUUCAUUCCCGCUUCGACCAAGAUCCGUAUCAGCACCGGACAAGACCCACAGAUCGCAGCACCGGCUGCAAUACCAGCAAUUCUCAAACUGGACAUGAUACCAGGCCUCGAGCCCCAGAUCCAAGACCUCAACAGGAAGCUCCGCCGGUGGUGUCAGCCAUUCCGAUCUCCCGCAUACCAAAUGUCGUGCGGCUUGGUCUUUGAUGGCGGCCAUGGAACCGGCAAGACCAUGCUCGUCAACAAGAUCUGUGAAACGGGCUGGGGAACAGUCCACCGCAUCCAGGCGAGUGAGAAGCUCGCCUCCAUCGCCAAGAUAUUCGAGACAGCGAGAGAGAAUCAGCCUAGUAUUGUCGUGAUGGACGACUUCGGACAACUCGUCAACAAGGAUCGCAGCAACAGGAACGCUGUCAUCCAAACUCUGGCAGAGUUCCUUGACAAACUGGCCUCGGAAACGGAAGCAAAAAACGAGCGUCCCAAAGUCCUGGUUCUCGCUACAUGCUUAGACUACUCAGCCCAAAUGCCACAGGAGCUCAUGGCCAUUGGACGCUUCCACAGGCACAUCAACCUCCCCCUCCCAGACGAGGCCAGGAGGCGAGCGAUCCUGUCGUCUUUCAAUCUGCCUCUGUCUCCUGAUAACGGGGAUAGUGUUCUAGCCAGCAUGAGUGAGAAGACACACGCCUACAACGGAAAUGAUUUGAUGGCUCUAUAUCAAGAAGUCCUUGAAUUACACGAGGAUAGAGUAGACGAUUUCCAGGACGACGGGUUGGACCAUUCACCGGAUGACUACUUUGUCUCGGAAAAAACUGCUGAACGGGCAAUGAAAAAUGUUCGUCCAUCUACAAUGCACGACAUCGACCUCAAACCUCCACCAGUUCACUGGGACGACAUCGGCGGCCAGGAGGAGGUCAAGCAGACGCUACAGCGAGCCCUGGCCCUGUCCAAGGCGUCCAAACAGGAGCUCCUCGCCUACAUGGCCAAUCCGCCCAAGGGCUUCCUCCUGUACGGCCCGCCGGGCUGUUCCAAGACCAUGGCUGCACAGGCGCUCGCGACCGAGAGCGACCUCAACUUCUUCGCCGUCAAGGGCGCCGAGCUGCUCAACAUGUACGUCGGCGAGUCGGAGCGCCACGUGCGGCAGCUGUUCCAGCGCGCGCGCGAGGCCGCGCCGAGCAUCAUCUUCCUGGACGAGAUGGACUCGAUCGGCGGGCAGAGGUCCGGCUUCGGGUCGACCAAGUCGGGCGGGGGCGGCGGAAGCAGCGGCCUGAACGUGCUCUCGACGCUGCUGAACGAGAUGCAGGGCUUCGAGCUCCUCCAGGACGUCCUCGUGCUCGCGGCCACCAAUCGGCCGCAGGCUAUGGACCCGGCGCUGCUGCGGCCGGGGCGGUUCGACAGGCUCAUCUUCGUGGGCCCGCCGGACGAGGCGGCGAGGGCGUCCAUCUUCCGGAAGUGGCUGGCGGACAGGCGGUGCGCCGAGGAGAUCGACGUCGGGGAGCUGGCGAGGGAGAGCGAGGGCUGCUCGGGCGCCGAGACAGUGGCUAUCUGCGACGGGGCGGGGAUGGCGGCCUAUUGGAGGGACUCUGAGAUGGACGUGCGGCCGGGCGUCACGAUGGAGGACUUCAGAGAGCAGAUCAGGACGAGGCCUCGGAUGAUUACGCCGGAGAUGUUGGAGGCGUACGAGGUAUGGAGGAACAAAUUCCUCAAGGAGGCUCAAUUCGCCUAG